CAUUAGUUUUCCAGUUGCAGCAAAGAAGUUCUGUUUUACCUGUGUAAGAAGACCUCUCUGUGAUUUCAACAAUGGCAUCAGCUGCACAGUGGGAUACUACCUUGAAAUUCUGGGAAGCACAUGUUGCGGGUGACCUUAAGAAACAUGGUCAUGAAGCUUUAGUUCGCUUGUUCUUGAAAAAUAAAGAUAGCCAAAAGCACUUUCCCAAAUUCAAAGACCUUGCCAGUGAAGCAGAGAUGAGAGGCUCUGAUGGGCUUAAAAACCAUGGAGAGACUGUGUUUACCGCAUUAGGAAAAGCCCUGCAGCAGAGAGAUGGCAUUGCAAAUGAACUACGUCCACUUGCAGUGACCCAUUCCCAAAAUCAUAAAAUCCCUCUGGAAGAAUUUGAAAACAUCUGCGAAGUCAUUGAUGUUUAUUUGGCCGAGAUAUGUCCAGACUAUGCAGGAGAGACACGUACAUCUGUGAAGGCAGUGUUGGAUGUUUUUUCCCAAAGCAUGACAACGCUGUAUGGAGAAGUGUAAAUGUGACAUUCCCUAGUCUUUGCAAUCUUUAAAAAGCACUCCCAUUCCUUAAAUUGUAUGCAUUCUUUGUUACAAUUUUCAUGUACUCCCAAAUACAGCAAUGAUAUGUUUAUUUUGCUUUGUCAAAUGUAAUAUAAACUAAUAAAUAUUUUUGGGAAAAUGAA